UUUACUUACUGGAAAAAUUCAUGCCAUGCGCACAAUUUACAUCAGUUAUAGCCGACGGCAUACACCCAUUUUUUCAGAGAGGAUUUUUUUAUUUUAUUUGUUUGAUAAUUUUCUUUAGUUUUAAUUAAAGAUCAUUUAUAGUAGGCACUGUAAAAAUGUCCGACGAUAAUGAAGUUACUACUCCCGAUGAUUUGGAAAAGGAGCCCGAUUCUAAUUACAAGCCUCCGCCAGAGAAGAGUAUAAACGAAAUAUUGGAAAUUGAUCAAGAUGAUGAAAGUUUAAGAAAAUACAAAGAAACACUUUUAGGACAAGCCCAAGAAGGCCCAAUCAUUGUUGAACCCGAUAAUCCAAGAAAAGUUAUAGUAAAGAGACUAGUUUUAAUUCCUGUAGAUCACCCAGAAAUAUCCCUUGAUUUAACUGGAGAUUUGGCAGUAUUAAAGAAGCAAACCUUCGUUAUAAAAGAAGGAGUUUCAUACAAAAUUAGAAUUGAAUUUAUCGUUCAACGUGAAAUAGUACAUGGAUUAAAGUAUGUUCAGAAAACCAGUAAAUUGGGGAUUACAGUGGAUAAAAUGACUCACAUGGUCGGUUCAUAUGCUCCAAAGGCAGAAAUUCAGUCGUAUACAACCCCAUCUGAAGAUGCUCCUUCGGGCUUAAUGGCCAGAGGCUCCUACACGGUAAAUUCGUUGUUUACAGACGAUGAUAAGCAUGAACACUUAAAAUGGGAGUGGACGUUUGAAAUUAAAAAGGAUUGGAAAGACUAAGAAACUAAGGUGCUUUGAUGCUAUUUUUUUUUCUAUUAGUUAAAAAAUGUUUUUAGGUGUUGUGGCGCAUUUAUAAAAGGAUCAGAAGUAUUAAAAUUUAUAUAUAAACUUAUUAUUUUGUGGAUAGGGAGAAGGAAUUUGUAUUUCUACCAGGUUUUACAGCUUUAUACCCAAAAUUUUGAGACAUUUUUACCCAAUGCAUUUUACAAUGCAAAAUAUGUAAUAUUAACUGCCAAGUUUUCUAAAGAAACCUAUUGAGCAAUAACUUUUUGUAUAGCUAUUUUUAAAAUAUUUUAAUAUUUUACCUAGUGGGCGUUAAAAAAUACAAUCAUCCUUGAUUUUUUUAAAUUGUUUCCCUUAAAUUUGGAAGCUUUAUUGUGAACCAGUUAAAUCAAAAAUGUGUGUUGUCUUUUAAGUUUUUUUUUAUUUUUUAUUUGUGAAUGCAUGUAUUUAGGCAUUAAC